CCGCUGCGGGGCCCGCCGGGCGGGCCGGGGAGAGGGAGCGGCGCACGCCGGGCUCGGGAGGCGGCUGCGGGGAGCAGAGCCCUGUCCCGGCCACCGCGGGAGGCCAGAGGGAAGCGGGGGCCCAGCGAGGAAGGCGAGGAUAAAUGGGUGUGUAUGACUUUUCCCCUGAUCUAAAGCGGUUCCAUGUCUUGUCUGGACUGCUCCUGUAUUCUGCGUACACCAGUUGAAUCAAUUAGACCAGAAGAGCUAUCUCAGAGCAGCAUCCAUGAAUGCCUGGCUGAUUCUGAUCUAGCCUGGAUUCCCCCAUCUACAGGACAGAAUGAAAUGGUAUUUUGCUCUUCUAAUGUCUCUCAUUAUGAACUCCAGCUGGAAAUAGGAAGGAGGUUCAACAAUUUAACUUCAAUCUACCUUGCACGGCAUACACCUACAGACAGGCAAGUUGCUGUAAGGAUCACAGACCUUGAAAAUUGCUCUGAAGAGCACUUGAAAGCCUUACAGAAUGAGGUGGUUUUAUCACACUUUUUCCAGCAUCCCAACAUAAUGACAUUUUGGACAGUGUUUACAGCUGGAAGCUGGCUUUGGGUCAUCUCCCCAUUCAUGGCCUAUGGUUCAGCUAGACACCUGCUGAAGACUUAUUUUCCUGAAGGAAUGAGUGAAGCUUUGAUAGGGAACAUUCUGUUUGGUGCAAUCAGAGGAUUAAAUUACAUGCACCAGAAUGGAUAUAUUCACAGGAAUAUUAAAGCUAGCCACAUUCUGAUUUCAGAGGAUGGGCUGGUUUCUCUCUCUGGCCUAAACAACCUCUACAGUUUAGUUAGCAAUGGGCAGAAGUCAAAGGUGGUGUAUGAUUUCCCCCAGUUUAGUACAUCUGUGCUUCCUUGGCUGAGUCCUGAACUACUGAGACAGGAUUUGUCUGGCUAUAACAUGAAGUCUGACAUUUACAGUGUGGGAAUUACAGCAUGUGAAUUAGCCAAUGGACACGUUCCAUUCCAAGACAUGCCUCGCACUCAGAUGCUGCUGCAAAAGCUGAAAGGUCCCACCUACUGUCCUUGGGAUAUAAAUACCUUUCCCCGGGGGGAAUCCAGGAUGAAGAACUCCCGAUCAGGUGUUGAUUCUGGAAUUGGUGAGAGCAUGACACGCACAAUGACCAGUGAAAGACUUCAAAUGCCCUUUUCCAAAACAUUUUCACCUGCUUUCCACAACUUGGUAGAACUUUGCUUGCAACAGGACCCUGAGAAAAGGCCAUCAGCAAGCAGUUUGCUUUCGCAUACGUUCUUCAAACAGAUAAAGGAACAAACACAGAAUUCACUACUGUCCCUAUUACCACCUCCUAUUCAAAAUAACAGAUCAGAGUUCUUGGCACUGCCCUCAACAGCAGUUGGGACUGAACUUGGACGUAUUGCUACAAAUCAAGAUGAUACAGACUGGGAAUUCUAAAUAAAUACCAAUGAUACCUCUCCCAUGUUUCAGAGAAGGAAAAUGUGAUUUGUAUUUGCUGCUUUUGUAUGAUUAAAAUACAGUUAGACCAAGUAUACUUGAAAUGCCAUGAAGUGGCUAUAAUUCAUUAACUUCCUCUUGGCAUCACAAAAUGCAGCGUGCCUCACUCUCUGUAAGGAAAACUGUGUAUAAAGAAUGGCUGAGUGCUCACCUCUCUCUUUCAAAGUCUUCCUUAACAAGAGAGUCCCUGCUGUGAUCUUACUCUGUACUGUAUUAUCAGCUCACAGUGCUGCAGUCCACAUGCCUGUCUGAAUUCAGGCCUGGGGUUUGGUUGUGAUCUUACCUAAACAUCUGUUUGUCUUUUCAUUAUGUCCCAAAUCAUGUUAGUAAGGAGAAAUCCUCCACUUCCAAGUUGAAAUGUGAAACGGCACAGAUUACUUGCUUAUGUAAAUAAAUGUUUCUCUCUCAAAAGGCAUUUUUCUCACUUGACAUGCUGUCAUAUUUGCCAAAAGUUAUGUAUGCAUCAUUUUUCAUGCAGUUUUAAUACUGUGUGUUUCCCAAAGAAGUUAAGCUGCUUGAAGUGGGACUCCUGCUCUUGCAUCUGUUCACGUUCUUAGUACAAAUCUGGGCUUUUGCACCUCUCUUUAUUGUUGUGUCAUUUUAGCAGUUAAUCUGAGGAUGUCUCGCUAUGCAAAGUCUCAAGUUGUAGCAGGUACGGGUUAAUUUUGAAGAGUCAUAUUAAAUAAUCUAAAUUUACUGUACAUGUUUUUAUUUAUACUGUAUUCCUGUUCACCACCAGAAUUUAUCAGAACCUAAUACUGUUUUCUUAGAAGAAAAAGGCAACAUGCAUUAAGCUUUACUGGCACUGCUGCUGUCAAACAAGCCUCUUCUGCAAGGCACAGUUAAAUUCCCAUGGAUCAAUUCAGCCAUACUAGGAUCCUAGUGAAUUUACCUGUUCUAAACCAGAUGAAAAUCUGUCUUCUCCCCACAGUUCCGUAAAUGCUCACCUCUCAUACUGUACCAGGCAAUUCAAACUGUACAAAAGCAGCUUUUUUCUUUUAAAAACCUGGAUAUUCUCAUAGUGUUGUAGCAAAAGUUAUGUCCCAAAGGCACUAAUACUUUGCUGAUGGAAGCAUGAAGGUGGUAAAAAAAGUAUAAAUAGAUAUUGGAUGGAUACAUUUUUAAUUUUCAACAUAAACAACAUUCCACGUAAGUCUUCAAGUCUUCCAUAGCUGAGCAGGCCUGGAGCCAACUUUAAGAAUAUUGCUGCAUUGCCAGCAGCUUUGCUACAAGGCCUUGAAGACCAAAUGACUCAAAUACAAGCCUGAGAGACACAUAAAAUUCUAAAUGACCACAUAAAAGUAUCAGCAAAAAAGUUGAAUCAUUAUGCUGUGAAGAGAGCUCUAUAUUCCUAAAUUUAACAUGUGAAACUUGAGAUUAAAGACCUAUCAAUAAACUUACCCUGUCUGCCUCCA